AAGGAAUAUAGUGAGUUCGAAUCUACUGGGGUGCAUUGAUGUUCUGUUGCGCCUCCCCCUUAUCCCGACGAACGUUGCCUUUACAAAGGGAAAUAUUUAUCAAUACUCCGUACACCAAGUCUUAACAUGAACGGAACACUUACCAGCGGUCUCUUGCUGCCUAUCGCCCGAAAUCGCACCAACAACAGCAUCCUUCUUUCCACCGAUACGAUCCGUGACACCCUCGGCGUAGCCCUUGGCUUGAGCAGCCUUGUACUCGGUUUCGCCUUGAGCGUGUUCCUCUUUACCAGAUUGUUGCCAAGUUGUGGCUCCGGUGAGGUUACCGAUGGACUCGACGAGGGUGCCCUUGGUGGAGUGGUAUUGACCGGUGGUCUUACUGAUGAAGACAUGGGUCAGAGGUCAUUCCUAGUGGAGGAUAGAACAGAGGGAGAGGGGGAGGAGGCUUACUUUGGCUCGCCGGUGUUGUUGGAAGACAUGAUGGUAAAGAGAGCGUAAAUGCGAAUGGUAUAUGGAAGUAUGUGGUCGCUAAGUGGCCGGGGCACGGCGACGUAGGACGGCGAGGACACGCCAUGGAGUAGGUGACUGCCCUUUGACAGGGAUGACGACUCCAUUCCUGGAGCGGAGAGCGUAGAGUAAUGGCAUGACGUCAUUACAGACUUUGAAGGCGUUGUGGCGCCAGUCCCGACAGUGGGCAAGAAAGGGGUGACAUCAUCGAUCGGUGUUGGACCAAGUGCAUCCAAGUGUCGCCAACGAAAAUGGAGUACUACUCGUAGGAGGAAAACGUCGCGCAGAGGCAUGCAGCAAUUGAAUCGAUGAAUUCGGCCUCAGUCCUUCCAGGGCUUCAGUAUUCCAAUUCGCAUGAGGUCAACGUACGUAUGCAGGGCAGUAGAUGGCAUAUAUCAAAGAGGAGUAGGCGGUCAGACUAGUCGAUCACGAGCCGAGUUGAGAGGAAACUAUAUUGCGCACUAGACAGAUUUUAUCCCUCUAAAAGUCCUUCAAACCUC